GCGGGGCCAUGACGAUGCUUCCGGUAACAGAAGGAUACUUUCGGUUUGGGAACUCGUUAAACGUGUUACUUCAAGGAUUAUUAUAUUCUAAUUCAGCGCGGUUGGAAUUGAGAAUGCUACGGUGUUUAAUUAAUGUGAUAUCUAAACCGAAAAAAAGUACAUAUAACAGAUCUGCUGAAGUUAACUGCCGCAUUAUAAGAGUCGUUAUCACUGGUCAGAAGAACGUUCUUUGGUAUAUAAUUAAUGCGAAUGUAGCUAGGCUGUUUGUGUUUCAUUUUUGAACUGCGACAUCGUCAAAUUAUGAGAUAUAACAUACGUUUCCACCUGUAUGUCCAGACGCACAAGAGUGACUUAUAAAGGAAAUAUAAUAGACCUAUCAAAAACAAAAAUGGGGCAGUCAGAGAGCAGACACUUUAAUGCUGCUUUGAGUGACUUUAUAUCCAGAUCAAACUCAUGCUCAGGUCUGCGUUCAGCUGUUCCUCUAGCUGUGGUUGAGGAGAUCCUACUGAAUCUUCCUGCUCAUCAGGUGGUGCGAGUCUGUCGUCUGGUGUGUCAUGAGUGGAAGGAGCUGGUGGACAGCACUGCACACUGGAGAGAGCGCUGUCGGAGAGAGGGCUUACAGCCACAAGAUCCUUCCAGAGCCCUAGACGGCGGGAGCCAGUUUUACUUCAUAACUAAGAAACGACAUAACUUGCUCAAGAAUCCCAGAGCAGAAGAGGAGUUCAGUGGAUGGGAGAUUGUAGAGAAUGGUGGUGACCGCUGGGCAGUAGAAGAUAAUUCUGUAAAAAUCCCAAAUUUCACAGUCGCAAAAUACUUUGUCACCUCUUACAAGUUAUGUUUGAAGCAACAGCUGAUAGAUUUGAAGAAGGAAGGCUACAACGCUGCUUUCAUGGAUCAUCUACAACCUCAUAUCAAAAUAUCAGACUGGUACGCACCGCGCCGUGAUUGUGGAAGCAUGUAUCAGAUCUGUGUGGAGUUGCUUGAUCAGAAGAAGAAACCCAUCAAUACCUUUGAGCCUGAACAAGUUUUCUUUCCGCAGUGGAACGAUCAGCAGUGGCGUGAAAUGACACAUGUCUUUAAGGAUUAUGGACCUGGGGUUCGGUUUAUCCGUUUCACUCAUGGUGGGCAGGAUACAAAGUUCUGGGCUGGCUGGUAUGGGAUACGGGUCACUAACAGUAGUGUGGAGAUCUGUCCAUCUGAAGAAAGAUAGUGUCUUACUGUAUGAAUGUGUUCUUUAUGAGAAACACCAUUAUAUGUAACUAUAAACUUAAAAGGCUGAAAGAUAAAAGUGCAUCUCUCGUUGUUCAUGGAUUGAAGUAUGUACUUGAAGAAUCUGUAUUUGUUUUUAUUUUUGUACUACAUAUAAAUCAGUUUUAAGAUGUUUAAUUUCCAGAAGGCCUUAGUUAUCAGUGUAUUCUUAUUAUCUCGAAAAAAGACAGUUUUGCAGUGAGACUGAGUACCCUAAACAGACUCAUUCAUUUUUUGUGUUAAUAAGUAGGGCCAACAGUAAGAACCUGUGUUUCAGACAUGUUCCCAUAACAUGAAUUUAUCUUUAUCUACAUUGUCAUAAUUUUAAAAUGCGUAUUUCAAAAUGUAUUUUUUACAUAAUAUGCAGCUGGUACUAUUUGAAAGGAUUUCUUAAAUCUAAAGUAGUGGGGGAGUGAGCUAUACCACCAGUUUAAAUAUUUUUCAUCAUGCGACUAAAUAUUUUAUCAUAUACAGCUGUCCAUGUUAGAGUGGGUAAACAUUUGUCACCACACUGAAAUACUAUGGAAAUACUAUGGAUCACUAAAAGGCUAAAGAGAGUACAAUCUGCACACAUAUAAUAGAAUCCUAUGACAGGAGUACCAAGGUAAAAAAUGUUGAUAUAAACCUGUACAAAAAUACAUCAAUCUUCUUGUCUUUGAUGAUGCUGCUGUGUCCAGUUCAUAGAACCAUGCAUUUGGAUGUCUUCUGGGAUCCAGGGGGCUCUAGAUCUGCUAAUACUGCCUCAUCAAAUACAUUCAAAUACAAAUACACUCGUGGACAGGUGUUGAAAAUUAGCAUUCAUUCUUUAACACUAAAACCAAUGCAUAUGGUUCGUCCAGUGUUAUUGUAUGUCCAUUAUAAUAGUCAUCUUGUAGGUCAAUCUGAGCUCCAACCAACAGAAAAGGGGUUUUCAGGGAGUGACAGGUUAUCUCAGGCACCCACUGCAUUACAAAUGAAGUUAUUAGCAACAAUCCUGACUCCUGGAUUUUUUCCGCUUGAGCAGAUGCUUUCCUAGAACCUGAAGUGACCAAUUAUUUAUUCCAAAUGAUCCUAAAGCUUGAAUUGAAUUCAUAGUCAUCACAAUCUGUAAGUACAUGUUCUACUGACUCUGCAUGACCACAUUUGUCACAAUUUCCAGUUUCAUGCUUCCCCAUUAUAUCCAAACACUGAUUUAAUGAACAAUGUACAACACGCAUUCUUGACAUUAAAACAUUUUCUUUACUGUU